UGACGAAAACAAAUAUAUGCAAACACUGAAACACGACUAUGAAAAUAUUUUGUGUCCAAGGAUCAAUGUGGUUUUGAUCAAAGCUUCUGAAGAAUUGAGGUAAGCCCUCAAGAGAGUUUCACUCCAAUCAUUCUUAGUUAUUACGUACUUUGUAAGGCAAUCCCGAGCUUAUAAUUUGGUACGGAUGAAGCUCUCCUCUGGCAAAAUAUGUUUACAUUCUGGUGCCCGUGAUUGGUAGAUUUGAAAAUACAGAUGAGGCAUCGGGAUUUAAAUCGAUGUCCACGAAACGAUUGACAAGGCAGUGAGGCAAUGACUGAAAAAGCACUUGAAGAUCGUCUUUGUCUGUCAGGACACUCAUCGAAGAGUUUUAGACCCCGAAAAACUUAAAAUCAGCGUCGAUGUUUUGGUAACAAUAUGAUGAUUAUAUCUUUUUGAAAUAUGGACCAGAAAUUUGGCGAGCCUUUGGCCUGCAUAAACAAACAGAGGUGUUCGGAGCGUGUGGUAUUAAAUGUGCGAGGUAGUCGUUUUGAAACUUUUGAAAAGACACUGCAAGAGUUUCCAGAAACUCUUUUGGGCGACACAGAACGACGAAUGGCAUAUUACAAUCCCAUCAAUGGGGAAUAUUGUUUUGACAGAGAUAUACUUUCAUUUGAUGCUAUUCUAUUCUACUACCAGAGCAAAGGAAUCCUUUCAAAAUCCGACUGGGUAACAGAAAAAGUCUUCGAAGAAGAGCUCAAGUUUUAUGACAUCAAAUCUCCAGCAGACGCCACUAAAACAAUUCGGGACAAGAUUCAAGUGCUACCAAAUAACCAAUGGCAAAGGACUGUCUGGCUCUUGCUAGAGGAUCCAGAUUCUUCCAGACAAGCCAAGUGGCUUUCGAUUUUUUCGAUUCUGGUAAUUGUCUUCUCAAUCGUAGCAUUCUGUGCAGAGACAAUCGACGUAGAUGCCUACACUGAGCGCAUUGUAAAUAGCACAACAAAUGAUCGUAAACCAGCUGUGGCUGUUCGCCCGAGAACAUGGUUUUGGAUCGACACGUUCAUUACAACCUGGUUUUGCCUCGAGUACGUUGCUCGUCUUUUUUCCUGCCCUCUCAAAUUAAAAUUCAUCCUGUCUACUCUAGGUGUUAUCGACGUACUUUCUAUUCUACCUUACUUUAUUUCUCUUUAUUUAACAAACUAUAAGCACGGUUUUACUCUGGCAGUGUUAAGAGUCUUCCGUCUUCUGCGAGUUUCUCGACUUCUUAAGCUGACACGUUACAUUGCAGCACUAAGAAUUUUGGGUUACGCCAUUCGAUUAUGUCACCACCAACUCUUCUCCCUUGCGAUAUUGUUGGCCAUUACUGCCAUCAUGUUUUCUUCUAUUAUGUACAAUAUAGAAAGCGAAGUGAACCCUCAAUACUCCAGCAUCUUUGAAUCCCUAUGGUGGUGUAUCAUCACUAUGACGACCGUGGGAUAUGGAGAUAUUUAUCCAGUGACAACUCUAGGGAAAAUAGUUGGCGCUGUCUGUGCUGUUUUUGGUGUCGUAUUGAUGCUCUGCUUGCCAACGCCUCUUUUCAUAUUGAAUUUUAACAAGAUUUAUUGUCAGGUUUUGGGGAUUGAGUUGAAAGAUAAAGGGCUUACAGGAAUUAAGCGCAAAAACUACAAUUCCGUUAAGUUUUCUAGAUCCAGAACACUUCUUAUCGGCUCGAGGGAAUCGACCUCUGGGUUAGUUUUAUGACGACAGCACACUGCAGAAUCCUAUCUAUGUUUAUUCCUGUUACACCUCCUAUCUUCCUUGUCUUUACGUUCGGCAAUACAAAUCGAGGGGAAAACAUUUUUUUAGAUGAUGCUGAAAUUAAACGCUUCUUGUCAGCUAUAGGGAAUCGACCUCUGGGCUAGUUUUACGACGACAGCAAACUGCAGAAACCUAUCUACUCCAUUCCUGUUACACCUACUAUUUUCCUCUACUAUAGGUUCGGUAAUACGAAUCUAGGGUGAGCGUGAAAUCUGUUCUAGAAAAGAUUCUUGUCAGCUCGAUGACUUGAUGCUGCUGGAUAUAUCUCAUUCCGUGUCUUUAUGUAUCAGGAAAAUGGGCGUUUAUUAGUUCUCUGAACUGGACAUUCCUUGAGAAAAGUAGGGAGUACGCAUCAUAUGGUUCCUGCAAAAAUGGGAAGAAGCCAUACAGGGUGGCGUGCAUGACCCUACUUAUGCUUGGCCCACGCGUAGUUGUCUUGUAAUCAAUGGAGGAUAGGAGGAAUAAUUUUGGAUUUUCAUAAAUCCUGAAAGUCCUUAUUUUAUAAUGGUGCCUCAUCAAAAAGUUGAUUGAGAAAAAAAUGUGACCGAUGACCGAUUUUUGAUCGAUGCAUAUGUUGGUUCUGAUUACUAUUACAAUAGUUUCUACAAUAGACAUGCACUUUAUAAGAACGAUAUUCUUUGUUUGAGUUGUAUCAAUAUUCAUGUGUCAUGGUCUCAUCGUACGGCGCAACCGUUAAUCAUGAAAUGAURCUCUUGGAAAUAACACUUGAUCUGAAUUAGGAAAACAUUACGCCCAGUCUAAAAGAAUAAUUGGAAAGCAUUUUUAGACAAAUAGUCAUGGAGACUAUAAUCCAGAAUAUAGAAAUAUUUUACUUUAACUGCAGGUCAGUUCAUAUUAUAGUUCCAGAAUAACAUUCGGCACUCGGGUAGCUUUAGAGUUUGGAAAACAAUUAGAAAUUAACUUAAAAUGAAGACAUCAAAAUGGCUAAAGUACAAAUGCAAGUUGACCRAAACUAUUCAAGGCAACUGGAAAAGUGCGUUCCAUCGAGAACUUUCAAUCCAUUACCAAGUGUAAUGCGAAUCUCUGGAUGGAUCAACUAUGAAGCAAAAAUGAUGUAUUGCCUACCGCCUGAACUUUACUAUUUCCCCGUCUAAAUUGGUGAAUAGUAUGUGUUAGAUAUGGAAAUGUGAGCUAGUUAUCAACCUAGGUUUUAUCGCUGAAUCAACUAGCCUAUAAAUUUUAGCCAACCAAUGAGUAACGGAUGCAAAACUUACUCACUGAUUUUUUCGUUAGCACAUGCCGUCACAGCUGCCAUUUUGAAAGAAUUUCACAAAAUAUUUUUCAAUGAACUCCUUUGUUAUAUCUUCCACUGAACAUGGCCGCAAUAUCUUCGAUUAUUUUACUCCUUUGGAAAUUAUUGCAAACCAAGAAUUGCACGAUAGAGCUAGAAAGCAGCUAUAAACAGCUAUAAAUAAAAUACACUUUCAUCAAAAAUAAUAAUAAUAAUGAUAUUAAAAGUACAAUGACAGCGAUACAAGAUAUGCCAAUACUAUCCUUAUUGAUAUCGAUAUUCCGUGAUAUAUUUCUUUAGUCUAUUUUUAAUUCGUA